AUGCCUAUGUUUCAGCCCUCAAAGAGGGAUGGGGUUGUUGGGUUUGAUGGUGGUGGAGAUGGGCAUGUCAUAGAUCUGGACACAGCUGUGAAGGAUGGGGUUUUGGGUGGUGUUGGUGGUGGGGUUGUUACUACUGGUGUUGGUGAGAAAUUGGAUCUGAGGAAGAUGAUUGAAGAGCUUGACUUGUCUGAGGUCCCUUCAGUGUUCAUCUGCCCAAUCUCCCUGGAGCCAAUGCAAGACCCAGUGACCCUUUGCACUGGUCAAACCUAUGAGAGCUCCAAUAUUCUCAAAUGGUUCAAUUUGGGGCACCUCACCUGCCCCACCACAAUGCAGGAGCUCUGGGACGAUUCGAUAACCCCGAAUAGGACCCUUUACCAUCUAAUCUACACUUGGUUUUCUCAGAAGUAUCUGCUCAUGAAGAAGAGGUCUGAAGAUGUUCAAGGAAGGGCUUCUGAGCUUGUCGAGACACUAAAGAAGGUGAAGGGUCAAGCUAGGGUGCAAGCCCUCAAGGAGCUUCAUCAAGUUGUGGCAGCUCACGCCACUGCCAGGAAGACACUGAUUGAUAAAGGUGGGGCUACUGUAGUUUCAUCCCUGCUAGGUCCAUUUACUUCACAUGUUGUUGGUUCCGAAGUCAUUGCCAUUCUUGUCAAUUUGACCCUUGAUUCAGAAUCGAGAACGAGUUUGAUGCAACCCGCAAAAAUUUCGUUAAUGGUGGACAUUCUGAAUGAGGGGUCCAUUGAAACGAAAAUCAAUUGUACCCGGUUGAUCAAAAUGCUGAUGGAGGAGAAGGAUUUUCGAUCAGAAAUUAUUUCGAGCCAUAGCCUCUUGGUAGGACUAAUGAGGCUGGUGAAAGAUAAGAGGCAUACAGCUGGAAUCUUGCCUGGACUUAGCCUCCUCAGAACAAUAUGCUUGCAUAAGGAAGUAAGGGGUUUUAUGGUGAGCAUUGGGGCUGUGCCUCAGUUAGUUGAUUGUUUGCCUUCUCUCGACCAUGAAUGCUUAGAACUAGCUCUUUUCAUCUUGGAUGCACUGUCCUCUCUACCGGAGGGAAUAUCAGCUUUGAAGGAUUGUUCGAACACUAUUCCGAAUAUGGUGAGGCUUCUUAUGAGAAUUUCAGAAAGUUGUACUCAAUUUGCACUGUCAAUUUUAUGGUCUGUGUGUAAACAUGCCCCCGAAGAAUGCUCAUCAAUUGCUCUAGAUGCUGGUCUAGCGGCAAAGCUCCUCCUUGUGAUACAGAGUGGUUGCGGUCCUGUCCUGAAGCAGCAGUCUGCAGAGCUCUUGAAGCUUUGUAGUCUAAACUAUACUGAUACAAUAUUCAUUUCCAAGUGCAAACUCACAAGGACAAUCCAAUGA